AUGAGUAUUCCCGAAAAGUGUGUACGAGAUGCCCUCUCUUUACAGCAACCCAACACACUUUUCGGGAAUUGGGAUUACUACAACAUUAUCGCUAUGCCGCGCAGCGGGAUCGGUUGGACCACGCCUGAAGACCCAUCUCUUCUCCCGGUUCUGAUACUCUUCGUCCCCACUAGACAGGGCCGACGCUUGCCAGGGAGAAUUGCCCGCUGUCCCUGGUGGGUUUGUGCAUGCAUUGCAACGCAUAGCAGCCGCAUAGAGAUUAAUUUGUGA